GACCAGCCAUGGCGCUGUACAAACCCUACGAUCAGUGAGAGAGGUUUUAAUGUGCAUGUGCAAACAAUCAUUUCUAUUGCCUACUUGCUUGUCUAUGCACCACAUGCUAAACUGAACAUUCACUUUACUCAUCUACAUUCUUUUUUAGGUUACAUUUGGCACAAGAUCAUAACACAGACAAAUCAUAGCAGAAGCAGAUGCUCUGUAGGGAAAAAAUAUAACAAUUGCAAGAAAUGUUGUAUUGAUAAGAGAUGUGAAAAACGUUUGCCGAAAUGAUGCGCCUGCGCAAGAACUGCGCGUCAAGAGUUGCUUUGUUUUUUCCCUCUCAGGAAUUUUGUUUGACUGCUAUUUGCUACUGACAGUGCGCAUGGGGCAUAGUAGUAGCCGGUUAUGGCGGUAGUGUGUAGAUUUUCAUGAGGCGGGGAACAAGCACCAUAAGCCGAAGAGAACAAUCAGAGUCUGAAGCUAUGGCGGGCGUGUUUGAUAUUGACUUGGACCAGCCAGAGGAAAAUGUCUCUGAUGAUGAGCUUGAGGAUGGGACUCGCCUUAGCGAAUGUAUGGAGCAGUCCAGCAGCUUUGAAUUUGACAUGGAUGACUGUGAAAAAUUUGAAAUCUCUGAGGACAGCGUCAACAAAGGCACGGAGCAGAUUCGUCCUGAGUGCUUUGAGCUGCUGCGUGUGUUAGGAAAAGGGGGCUAUGGAAAGGUUUUUCAAGUCAGAAAAGUGGCCGGAGCUGCUUCUGGAAAAAUAUUUGCCAUGAAAGUUCUAAAGAAGGCAAUGAUUGUUCGGAAUGCCAAGGACACGGCUCACACUAAAGCUGAGCGGAACAUCCUGGAGGAGGUGAAGCACCCGUUCAUCGUGGACCUGAUCUACGCCUUCCAGACCGGGGGGAAGCUGUACCUCAUCCUGGAGUACCUCAGCGGUGGUGAGCUCUUCAUGCAGUUGGAGAGAGAGGGCAUCUUCAUGGAGGACACGGCAUGCUUCUACCUGGCGGAGAUUUCUAUGGCACUGGGUCACCUUCAUCAGAAGGGGAUCAUCUACCGUGACCUAAAACCAGAGAACAUCAUGCUUAAUGACAAGGGUCAUGUGAAGCUGACAGACUUUGGGCUUUGCAAAGAGUCCAUCCAUGAUGGCACCGUCACGCACACAUUCUGUGGAACUAUAGAAUACAUGGCUCCAGAGAUCCUGAUGCGGAGUGGCCACAAUAGGGCAGUGGACUGGUGGAGUCUGGGAGCGCUGAUGUACGACAUGCUGACAGGGGCGCCACCGUUUACUGGUGAAAACCGGAAGAAGACCAUUGACAAGAUUUUGAAGUGCAAACUCAACCUUCCACCUUACCUCACACACGAGGCUAGGGAUCUUCUGAAAAAGCUGCUAAAGAGAAAUGCAUCCCUGCGGUUGGGUGCCGGGCCAGGAGAUGCAUCGGAGGUGCAGGGCCACUCCUUCUUCAGGCAAAUUAAUUGGGAUGAUCUUCUCGCCCGCAAAGUUGAACCUCCAUUCAAGCCUUUUCUGCAAUCGGCAGACGACGUCAGUCAGUUUGACUCCAAAUUCACCAGCCAGACCCCAGUGGACAGCCCUGACGACUCCACUCUUAGCGAAAGUGCCAACCAAGUCUUUCUGGGCUUUACGUAUGUGGCCCCGUCCGUGCUUGAGAACGUUAAGGAGAAGUUUUGCUUCGAGCCAAAAGUCCGGUCCCCACGGAAGUUUCUGGAAAGCCCGCGGACACCAGUGAGCCCCAUCAGGUUUGCUGGGGGUGACUGCUGGCCACGAGGCCCUCCUAUGCCGGGGUCUGCUGCCGCUGCUUCCUCCUCCUCGUCCGCCCUGCUGUCCCCCAGCGGCGAGCAACCCAUGGACGUGUCAGCCGUGGAGCAGAUGGACUUAAGCAACAGCAGCUCCUCCAACGAGGUGUCUGCCCCCCUGCCCAUCCGGAAGCCCCUGGGUGGUGACGUGGGCUCCUUCCGCAAGCAAGCCUACCCCAUGCUGUCCAAGCGGCCGGAACACUUGCGCAUGAAUCUAUGACACACGGCUCAGCUCGGCGCCUCACUCAGCCUGCUGGACGCUCUUAGCGAGUUGCUCUUCCACCAUUUAUUUUUUCUUUUGUUUUGUUUGUUGUGUUUUUUUAACCGGAAGACACUUUAGAGAAUUAAUGAAAUUACCCAGAAGGCCCCUUGUGUGUCGCCGACACCUCCAGCCUCCCUUUUUGUUUUGUUUUUUAUUUUGAACCGACCAAUGAGGAGGCCGUGAAAGGAGGAGCUUCAACGGGGGGGGGGGGAUCUUGAACAGUCUUGCUCCCAUCAUGAAUUGCACGACGAAGGAGAUGUGGCAAGCAAAAGAAGAAGAAGCAGCAGAAGAAGAAAAAAGAAAAACUCCAGCAUGCCACAGACUCUGGGUCUCCCUUUUGCCUUUUGCGCUUUGCACAUGCUGGUGAGGUUUGGCGGACGCCGCUGGACAAAACCCCCGGUGUUCUGCGUGCGUGCGUACGUGCGUGCGUACGUACGUGCGUGUAAAAAAAAAAACUAGCUUCUGAUUACUGGUGCUUUAAAUACUCCGAGAGGCCCAGCCCGGGGCACUCCACACUGCCGCUCCGCGGAAGGCUUUGACGCUGGACGAAACACGCGUAAAUCACUUUGUCAUGAGUCUAUCACUUAAGAACCGAGUGGGGCAAUGGGCUUUUUUAGAAAGAAAAAGAAAGAGGGAAACUUAACACCCCUGCCUUAUUUUGGUUAUGUGGCCUGGGCUAUCAUACUGUAUUUAGUUGAUAGAAAACAUAGAUCAAAACCACAUUUAUUUUUUAUUUUCUGGAAACAUGGACAUUGGUGAGGAUGGAAGACUGUUUCUGGUAACUUUUGACCUUGUUUCAUGCAGUUUCAUCUAAUUGAUUGCUUUCCAAAUAUUUCUUGAUGGAUUGGACGCGAUCAAUAUGCUUUACUUAUGUUGCUUUCAUUUCUUUAUUUUUCCUUGUUUUUGUAGAAUGUACGCUGGCUUUAAAUACUUUUGACGGUCAUUUGAAAUGAAGACUUGAAAACACUCCCAAACUCUUCGACAACAGUAUUGAGAUGUGCAUGAUUCCCUGGGGAUUCCUUGGGCAGUUCCGCUAGGACUCAUGACUUGUUUCAGAUUGAUAUCUGGGUGACAAACUUAAAAGCUUUCGUAAUUUUAUGUAUAGAAGAAUAACUUUGACAGAUGCGCGCUGGGCUGGUCGAAUGUAUGUGGUCAGUCGACGAGUUCUUGGUUUUGCUUGUGAAAGUGAAAGCAAACACCUUUAUUAUGAGUUGUUGAUAUUGAAUGCUGUAUACCCACAGUUCCUUUAUGAGCCUCAAGGAUUCAAGACUUGUGACUUUGUUUCAGCCUACCUCUCACAUUUCUGUUCCAUGACCUCGUUCUUAGCUACACAAAUAGCUGUUGUGGGGCGGGGGGGGGGGGGGGGGGGGGAGUACUCUUCUUGCUCUAAAAGAUGGACCUUUUCUCUGUUGUGUCAAGUCAGAGCCUUGUAUGAAACCUGGAACCAUAUGUUAUAGAUCUGUGUGAAAACGGUCUUUCUUCAGUAACCCUGCAACGAUGAUUCUACACAAGCUGCAUGUUUAGAACGCGAGCAGAAGCUGAAGUCACUGCGAGAUGUGUGUUUGGUUUUUUUUUUUUUUUUUUUUUGUCUUAAAUGUCUGUUACUGUAUGAGGUUGAUGAUGACCUGAACUGCUGCUGUAUCUUUGACUGACUGAAUUUGGGAGAAGCCAUAAGAUGAGAGAUGUUCAUUAGUGGUGAUCAACUAGCACCCAAAUGUAUUCAUAAUGGCUGAAAUGAACACGCAGGGCACCAUUACAAUGGAGACCUUUGGAGGGUCAUUUUAGUAAUUUAAGUGUUUCCAUUUCCAUUCUUUUUCUAAUUUGUUGCAUAAUCUGGCAAAGUGAGAAAGUUAGUGCACACAUAAUUGUGUUGGUAUCUGCUCCUGGUAUGUCUACUGUGUUUGAAUCUUGUUCUUUUAAAGGUGUAUACCCUCAACCAAGACAUUCAUCCUUCACUUUUAGGGCCCAACAUGAUGAUUUUGUUUUAAAGACAUGAUCAGUGUAAUUUACUGUUGUCAUUUCACAUUAUGAGAUAUUUCCCCCUUUGAAUCUUCUACAUAUAUUUAAUUGAAUUUGCAAGCUUUUUGUGUUAAGUCGUUGCAAUUCCAAAUAGUCCAGCCUAGAUUGAAAGCAGGCCUGUUCAUGAUUUGAAUUUGCAGUAAUUUUAAUUACUUUACAUAUAAGUUAUUCAGUUUUACUCUUUUUAAAAAAAAAUAAUUUAAAAAAAUGUAAAAAAAAAAAUAAACUAGACUUAUGACAUUUAGAAGUCUGCGUAUGAAGACCGGCUCUUCUCAACACUUGACAGCUCUCAAUGGAAUUCCCAAUGGAGCUCUCAAUUGGAUUCUUUGGUCGAACCAAACACGCAUUAUGCGUUUGAACAAGGGCAUUGUUAGGCUUGGAGCAACUCCUGAAUUACAGGAGUCUGAACUGUAAUUCAUUGUCUGUUUAAUUUAUGAAAUGUGCAGCGGAUGUUGGCAUCGGCAUAUUGACACAAAUUUCAUACUACACAGCUGACACUCCAAAGGUUUGGAAUUCUUUCGCACUGCCUGCCUGGGAUUUUGUUUUCAUAUUUAUUAAGAUAGCGAGGUUUGAUGUUUUUAAGUAUUUUAUUUAAUCAAGUGCCAUUUAACAGCUGUAUUUCCUGCACUAUGCAACUAACAAGCUAUGUUUGCUGUGAGUAAGUCAGUGUUAGUUUAGCAUGACAUCCCUCCCAGAACAAUUUGUUUUGCUUUUGGAUUCUUGCCCCCUGAAUGAAAUGCUUAUGAUAGGUUGAAGACGUACCAAGACAACAGAUGAACAAUUAGAAGUUCUCCAGGUUGCUCCUGAAAUAUAGUGUAGGUCCUGACGUCUUGUACGGCAAGGAUACAGUUUGUUUCAGGUGUCGAGUGUUUGUAGAGAUGAGAAUUGUAGGUUCAAUAAUUUGUCUGUAGUCUUUGAUUUGCUGUUGUAUUGGUUUGUAUCUUGUGCUCUGUAUCUGUACUCGCAGUGUGCUUCUCUGCAGUUUGCACCUAAAAAUCUAAAGCUUUCCAACACUUUUCACUCAUUCCACUAUGCUUGAAAGAUAGCCGACCUCGUUAAGUCGUGACCAACUCUUGGCUUGCUGCCAUGUUAACAUAGUUUUUGGGGAACUGCAUUUUGCAGGUGCCUAUAGGGCCUGGCACUAUAUGUGUAUUCUCCAUUUAUGGAUGCACAUUAUGUCAAAAUAAUUGGACGAUGGAGAAAUGGUUUCCCUCACAUUUGAGUCACACGUACACGCACACAUACAGUUGUUGCUGUUGACCUAUCAAUAUCACUGUUAUAUAUUUUUCUUUCAAGACAUCAGGACUUCCUGUGGUUUUGUACCUUCUGGUAAGCAGAAAUGAACUAGUGAUUUAUAGGUGAGCAGAAACAAUUCUCCAGUGGGUAUACACCUUCACAUCAGCAAAUAGUUACCGGUAAGCUUGCAAGGGUGUUUCAGUGGUGGGACAGGACACCAAGAACACUGACUUGAGGUAAACUGGGUGUUGCUGUUGGUGCAGUCUUCACCAGAACCUUUGCUUAAAACUCUGAACUCCAUUACUGUAGUUUGCUUUGUAUGAGAGUUGAUGAGCUCGGUCUUAACACACUCACAUCACUUGCCUUCUGUCUUUGAGUGUAAUGAUAUACUCGAAACAAAACACCUCACUUUUCACCAUGGGAAUCUUAAUUUGUAUAUAGUUUUACAUGUUUCAUAGAUCUUAAAAUUGAUUUCUUUUUUGAAGUGACUAACUCUAUUGUCAGUUCAAAACUGUAAUUAACCUUUAUUCUCACGCUAGUGUCUGGCUUAGGGUGGACUUCAAUUCUCAAUAGUUAAGGCGCUCUAUACUGUCUGCCCUAUGAUAAUGCACUAUGCACAGGCGCCACUGGGGUUUCAGCACCCAAGUGAAACUAUUCAGAUAAUGGAUCUGCUUGGCCUUUUGAGCAUAAGCAAAGAUGCUUGGGAAAAAAGGCCUAAAACUGGCUGUACCUUGGAUGUAUACUGACUGGUGUGUGUUAUGUUUAAAGGAAAAAAAAAAAAAUCUAGGUGAGUUCCGAUUGAUUUCUUUCAGACACUGUAGCCAGUUCUUUACAGGCCCACUCGGCCUGUUUGUGAAAGCGCAUCUGAAGAAAUAUCUCGCAAUAACACUGGUAUGAAAGAUGGUCAUGUUGAAUUGAUGAAUCUCUUGGACCUUGAAACUUUUGAUAUUGCAAGUGAAUGGAUGUAAAUUGCUGAAUAAAAAAUAUGUUCAUAUUGA